AUUCUACCAAAUAUCUACAAUGUGGAAUCUGAUACUCUUGGAACUGGUGUACCUCAUGGAUCCUCUCGUUCUCCAUGCUUCAAUAAAACUUCUGUCUAUACAAAUCCAACAAUGCUCAGCGAGUUUUACCAGAAUUUGAAUUCAAUGCGAUGUCAACAAGAGCUAUGUGAUGUGACUCUCGAAGCAUAUCCAAUUCAAGGGCAUUCACUAGAAGAAGGAGCAGUUAAAGAUGAAUUAAAUGGACCACAACACAUUCAUGCGCACCGAAUUAUUCUUUCGGCUUCUAGUUCUUACUUUAGAGCAAUGUUCACUGGAGGUCUACGAGAAGCAAGUCAACGAGUUGUGCCUAUAAAAGAAGUUGACGUCGAGGUCCUGUCCCAGUUAAUCGAUUAUAUGUACACUGGAAGAAUGCGAAUAGAAGAAAUGAAUGUUCAGACGAUUCUAGCCACUGCUAAUCUCCUCCAAUUGACUUGCGUCCGAGAUGCAUGUGCCAGAUUCAUGCUAGAACUUUUGGAUGUGACCAAUUGUGUAGGAAUGGCUGAAUUUAGAGCUCAUGCGUGUCAUCAGUUGGCACAUGCUGCUCAAUUGUAUACUAAACAACACUUUGUAGAAAUAAUAGACAAUGAGGAACUUUUGAGUCUAGACAAAGAUGCAUUUUACGAUUUGAUACAAGAUGACAGGAUUACUGUACCUAAUGAGAAACCAGUUAUGCAGGCAGUAUUGAAUUGGGUCAAUCAUGAUGAGCAGAAUCGAAAAAUGUAUUUGGGAGAAUUGAUGUCAAAUGUGAGAUUGCCGUUGCUCGGAGAUGAUUACCUGCUCGAAAAAUGUAGAAAUGAUGAAACGAUAAAAAAGGAUGUUGCAUGUUUGAAUGUAAUUAUUGAAGGAAUCCACCAGCUGAAAUUAGGAUGUUCGAGCUCCUCGAAUGAUAGAGAAGAAAUGAAUAGAAAAUGGUUUGUUGCUCGAGAACCAAUGCCUGAAUCUCAACACAUAAUGAUCGUGGGCGGUCAGGCUCCAAAAGCAAUCACAAAUGUGGAUUUGUUCGAUCCAGAUAGCCAACUCUGGAGCUCCUGUGCUCCUCUUCCACAGAGAAGAUGCCGAAGCGGAGUGACUAUGUGUAAUGGAUUUGUGUACACGACUGGAGGAUUCAAUGGGGCUCAAAGAGUGAAAUCUGUGGAUUACUACGAUCCACGAACUGAUACAUGGAGAUCUGCGAAUCAGAUGAGCGCUCGGAGAUCCACACACGGCAUGACGACGUGCCAUAAUAUAUUGUAUGCUGUCGGAGGAUUUGAUGGCACUACUGGAUUGGCAAGUUCAGAGUAUUUCGAGCCAAAAACGGGAAGCUGGUUUCCUCUUCCGUCUAUGAGCACCAGAAGGUCGAGUGUUGGUGUAGCUGCCAUUGCAGAUGAUAUCUAUGCGAUUGGAGGAUUUGAUGGAGUUUCGAAGCAAUGUUUGAACACGGUAGAAAUAUUCGAUCGCAGAGCUCAUAAAUGGCGUCCAGGACCGUCAAUGCUAAAUGUACGAUCAGGAGCCGGAGUCACAGUCUAUGAUAACAAGAUAGUCGCUGUGGGAGGACAUAAAGGACCAGAAAUUCAUCGAUCAGCCGAGAUUCUGAUCGGCGAGGAAUGGAUGGAGCUGGCGAGUAUGUCGAUUCCAAGAAGGAACACUGCUGCAACUGCGUUGAAUGGUCUCCUCUACGCUGUUGGUGGUGAUGAUGGCUCAAGCAAUUUGUCAACAAUCGAAUGUAUUCAACUGAGUGAAAGGUCGGAGGCACAAUGGAAAAUUGUCGAUGCUCCAAUGUCUCAAGGACGAUCGUACGCUGGUAUCGCGCUCAUUCCGAAGGAGUUCUAA